AUAAAAACAAAUAAAAAGGAUGACAGUGCAACACAUAGGAAUACAAAUUUUUCAGUAAGUUUUAAAGAACAAGAACAUUCAAUGAAUGAAAAACAAUCCAUUUAUGUUAAGGAACAAGCAUCACAGGUGGAAGAAAAUAUCCAAAAACUUAGUUCUUUUGUUAACAUACCAUCACAAGAACACAAAUACAAAAUAAAUAAAAAGCAUUGGGAUGAGUGUAUUCAGACUUGUUUAGAUAAAUAUGACAAUCAUUCUUUUGAUAUUUCUGCACAUGAUGAUCUGGCCUUAAAAAGAAAGGGAUCAAAGCAGGAUUUUUGCGCUAUGAGUAAAAAGUGGGAUGAGUACACUCAAACUUGUUUAGACAAACAGGUAAAAGUAAAUUCUGAUGCUGAUGCAGCGUACAAUGAAUCCUUUACAAGACCAGAGACACAGUGCGAUGUUUGCAACAGAAAGAACCCUGAUCAAAAACAUUUGGAUGAAUGUGUUCAGACUUGUUUAGGUACAAAUGAAAACCAAUAUGACAUUUUAGCACAUUCGAAGACAGAAACAGAAUGUAAUGUUAAUGACAAAAUUGAAAAACAUCCAGAUGAAUGUUCUCAGGCUACUUUAGACAAAAAAGAAUCACAAAGUAAAGAAAUUGCUCCAAGACCAGAAACUCAAUGUAGCGUUUGUCAUAGAAAUGAUACCAUUACAACGCAUUUGGAUGAAAGCGUUCAGGCUUGUUUUAGCACAAAUAAAAACCAAGUUCAAGCUAUUAAAGCCCACAAUGAACAAACUGUCCCAAAAUCAGAAAGAAAAUGUAGUAUUUUCCUCAAAAGUGAUACAAAUAAAGAACGGUUUGAUGAAUGUAUUCAGACUUGUUUAAUUGCAAAUGAAAAUAAAAUUGAUGUUGUUUCAGCUGACAAUCAAACUAUUCCAAAACUGAAAAUGCAAUGUAAUGUUUCCUUCAAAAGCGACUCAAAUAAAAAUAAUAUUGAUGAAUGUAUUCAAACUUGUUUAAUUACACAUGAAAACCAAAUAUUUGGUGCAAACAAUGAACAAACUAUUCCACAACCAGGAACACAAAAUAUCAUUCCCAACAACAUUUUUUCAAAUAAAACAAAACUGGACAAAUUCAUCCAGAUUUCAUGUGAAAAUGAAAAACAACCUUUUGACAUUGUAGCACAUAGUGAACAAGAUAUUACAGGGCUAAACAUUUCUAAUAAAUACGAUAUUAAUAAAGACCAUUUAGAUAAAUGUGUUCAAAUUUGUUUUGACCCUAAUAUAAACAUUUCAUCACUGAAUAAUACGGAAAAUAAAUCUCUAGGAACACAACUAAAUAAUAGUUCAAACUGCAAUAAUGACAUGUUGCCUAAAAGUGUUUAUACAUUGGCUAAUUUGAAACAAUUUGAAUUACCAACUCCAAUAAAAAAAUUGAUCAAACAAAAUGAAAUUAAAUCAGUACUAAAUUUUCAAACUAGAAGUGAUGAAAGAGCUAGUAUACAGUUCAUAGAACAUAUAAAUCACGAUCAAAAACUUUCAUCCAGAUGUGGAGGAGAUACAAAAACGAGAAACAAUGAAAUAACAGAUAAAAGUUCUACUCCUGAAUCAAGCCACUCCGAAGAAAAUUCAAUUUCAGAAAAAUCACCUGAACAAAAGAGUAAUGAUGAUUUUAUUUCAAAUCAGCAUGCUUCCAUUGAUUUUAAUAAUGAAAAAAAUUAUGGAAAAGAUGGAAAUAUAAGUCCUUCAAAUAUUGGAACUAGUGAAAAUAUUGUACUAGCAAAUUCAGAUGAAUUACUAAUUCCACAAAAGCUGCAACACUUACAAGGGUGUUCUUCAGAGAGCGACAGUAUAGUACAGGAUUUUUACAUGAAUUUAACAGACCUUGGUAUUGGCCCAGAUUGGAAGUUGUUGAAAGAUGAAACAAUGCAGAAAAGUUUAGUGUUAUUAAGCGCAAAAAGGAUCAGUAUGAAAAAGGAAGUCAGAGCUCUUCAUUCCCCCGAAAACUAUUUGUUCAUAUCAUGCUCUACUCUCUUCACAUUUUUAUAUGUUAAUUUUUCUUAUAUGCAGGGUGCUGUUUUAUGUUAGCUCUAGUAAGUGGGAAAUUUAGAAAAAAUAAUGGUGUUGUUUAUUGUUUUAAGCAACAUCCUGCUUGUUUGAAUUUCAGUCAAAACGUGAAGAGACAAGAGUACAAUAUUAUGCUCGCAGCACCUGAACAGGGUCAGCUUGAUGGCAGGCUCUCUCAAUACAUCAUUGGGGAAAGAAAGAGUGCUACAUCACGCUCACCUUCUUGAUAGUGUGGUCAAAUAGUUAAAAUUUGUGUUCAAUUUUGAUUUUCAAUGAAUUUGCAUAACCACUGAGCAACCGUUUGAUUUAAAACUUGGUCAACUUGAAUUAUGAAAAAUAAUUAAAUAAAAUGAACCAAAUCCACUUUUUAAAAUGUAAAGUAAUAUCCUAACACUUAGA